AUGAGACAUGAGGAUAGAGAGCAUGUCGAGCAAGCAACGGGUGUUUUUGAUCCGGAGCUUGUAAGUUUUGUUAAAAGGGCCCAAAAGUCGAGUCCCCACCUUGAGGAUCUGCUUGAGUCGCCGCAGAGCGCGUGCAUGCUCCUCAAAGGCUUGCAAGCGCUGCUGUGGCAGGACGGCUACGGGGGAACAGAGGAAACAAGCAGACUGGCUUGUAAUAUGGUUAGAGACGUGCUCUACGCUUUGCACCCGGCUUUUCUUGCUAUGGCGACGUCUGUGGCUGUUGCAAGCGAGGGCGAAGAGCUGGUCCGGCUCCGUUUGCUUGUGCCAAUGAUGGAAAAUCUUUUCGACAAGUGCCUUGAGUACGCAGACUUUUUUGAACACGAGUUCGAGUACUUAAGGGUCGUACAGGUUCCUGGUAUCCUGUUGGAAUAUACACUGUUUAGUCGUCCCGAGGUGGACCCUGACGUCUCGAGUUUUGGCGAUAUAGGGGAUCCAUGCGACAAAAUCAACUUUGUGCAGCAGAUGUUCUAUGGAUUUCUUGACAUGAUUGAAAACUAUGCAGACAUACAUCAGCAAGUGGCCGCGUUAUACGCCAAGAUCUCGUGGUCACCUCCAAAUGAGGAGACGGCAUGA